AUGACCUUUGACCUCAUUCCAGAGUCGAUGUCGCAGAGUGUCGAACAUGAAAAGCAACAGUCAUGCUCCUAUUUUGGCGAGAACAUAGAUUCUAUCAACGGCGACAGAAGUAUGGAAGGAAAUACUAUAGAAUCACCCAGACUAGUAGAAGCACCGAUCUCUGCCUCGAUGAACCAAUCAGAAGAGAGCGCCCCUCCCAGUUUAAUCCGUUCCUCAGACAAACCCGAAGAAUCAAUGCAAGUAGAAGGAGGAACAAGCUCCGUCAAGUCGAGGUUUGAAAGCGGAGACUUCCAAAAUUCCACCCCUGCCAGCGCCGCCACCAAGUCCAUCAAUAUAUACGACGCGCCUGCGGAGAAGGGCGUCGCAGAGAACACUCCCGUGCGGAAGGAGGACAUUUUCCAUGCGGACGAAGCGCAGGAGGAGGUGAAGACCUCAUCGGACGGGAUUGGGAAGUUCAAGAAUAUGUUUGAGGUGGGUGGAGUGACAAAUCUAGAGGCCAAGACCAGUCGCGAUCCUGUCAACGUCAGAUCCCUCACCGAGUAUGAAAGCACCACCCAGGCUCACGUAGCGGAGAGCACGCCGGUCAUCAGGGACGAUGUCGUCAGGAGCUCGGAUACUUCGGAGGACCCCGGCAUUAAGCGAGGCCUCUCGAAAUCGCUCAGGAAUCGCUUCGAGACGGAGAGGAUUUCAAACAUUGAGGAGAAGCCGAGAGAAAAGAUUGAGAUCAGUAGGCCGGAAGAAAGGAGGGUUUACCAGCCUCCAGAGAAGCCGAAGCGUGAGGAUGUAGUCAAUGCAGAGACUACGGCUGAGGAUCCCGGGAUCAAGUCAGGACAAGCAAGGUCGCUCCGAAGUCUCUUCGAGAAGGGCAACGUCAGCAACGUGCAGGAGAAACCUCGAUCUGCUUUAGAACGUAGUCCUCGCUCUCUUGAAGACUACAAGAUUGAGGACCAGGUCUCCGAGAGCACACCAACAAGAAAAGAGGACGUGGUGAGCUCGUCGAUGACGUUGGACGAGCCGAUGAAGUCGGCCGAGAGCACACGGUCGCUAAAGCAGAGAUGGGAGACCGGGCAGGUCGAGAGGGUUCCGGAGAAGCCAAAGCCGUCACUAGAGAGGACGCCGCAGUCGUUAGAUAGUUAUAGCAUGACGAUGGUGAUUUCUGAGAACACACCUGAAGAAAGAACUGAUAUUGUCAAGUCAUCGGCAAGCAGCGAUGACUAUCUGACGUCGAAAGGUGGCAGUGCAAGCUCUCUGAAGGCAAAAUGGGAGUCGGGUGAAGUUCAUAACGCUGACGUGAAAACCGAGAAGGUGGAGAGUAAACCGAAGCGUUUCUCUGGGUACUAUGAAGGGGAUGAACAAACGAAUGGUGUAGUGGAACACGAGAAUGGAAUCAUGGAAGAGAGAGAGGAGGAGCAGGAAGAGGAAGAAGAAGAGAGCAGUGUUGAUGCUUCGUGGGAAAUCAAGGCAGCAAGAGCAGCAGCCAUGGCUGAUAUAGAAGAUGAGUGACCAAUCAGAAGCUUCCAUUUUUCAAAUUAAUCACCAUGC